UGAUAACCUAAACCAAGUUAUUAUUGUUUGUUUUCCUUUGGACAAGCAAGAUUUGAAAUUGUUUACAAAUACAAAUAUUUGUUGAGUUUUCGUAUUUGUUUGAGUUAUAUUUCUUUUCAAGUUUCUGUAUGUCAGAUGAGGCAGUUCAAUUUGAUAAAUAUUAUCCGUAGUUCAAUUUGACAAAUAUUAUCCAUUAUUCUCGGGGGUACAUUUGAUAAACCUCGAUUUUGAUGAAUGAGCACUAAAAGAUUUUUAUUAGGAUACAUUUUCUUUAGGAAAUUGAAGUGCAAAUUUGAUUUGAGAAAACUCAAUUUGCUUGAAGAUUGAUUGUCUCAAUGCUUAGAUAAAUCACUCUUGUUUUUGUUUUUUCAAUUUUUUUGAAUUCUUGCUUAGAUAUUCUCCACAUUUUCUUUUAUGUUUUCCUUUUUCUAUCAAAAACUUUGAUCAAAAAGUAAAGAGUAAAUUUUAAAUAAAUUUUGGUUAAACAUUAAGCAAGUUUCAUUUAGUAGCUGAUAAUAUAUAAUAAUAACCAAUGUAAAAUACAUCAUAGUAUAUUUGUAACUAACUAUUAAACGUGUCCAAAUUUUCUUAGAACUUUUCAAACUAACAUAAAUGGCAAAUUUUUGAAGUUCCUCAAAAGAAAAAUAGUAAAAAGUUCUUAAAAUCUUAAAAAUAGCAAAACAAUUUGUAAAAAACAAAAAUACUACUUAGUCAAACUUAAACAAAUUUUGAAUUGAGAAUUUCAAUAUCUCAUUCAACAAAGUGAGAAAAUUAUUUUAAAAGUAUCAAACACUAAAGAAUUAAAGAUGGAAAUGACACAAUUAUCAAUACAUAAUAAAAUCACAUAUCAACAUCUACAAAGAUAAAGUUGUUAUUUAUGAGUAAAUGGGUAAAUUGAAUAUCAUAUAUGUACUAGUAAAUAAAAAAAAUAAAUAAUGAAUCAAUUUACUAAAAAUUAGUUCAUUCAAACACAAAAUCCAACUAACUUUUAAAAAAACGGUUAUCAACAAAUGGCAAAGUCAAAGCCCCAAUUUUAGUAUCCAAUUUUGCUAAAUCUCUCGUUUUGCAAAUUUUCUCCUUCCAUUACCUUUUUCUUGAUGAUAUUUGGAAGAACCUCGAGAUCGAUCUAAAGCAUAGUAUGUUUUCUUCGACGUUUUUGGUUUCAAAAUCUUCUAAGCCAAUUUGUAGAGUUAUACCUUCUCAACACCUUACUGUUCGUUUUCUCGACAAUCAACUUGGUGGCUCUUUAGGAUCGCCAUCAACGUCCCCAUUGUUUUCUUCUUCUUCUUCUUCGUCAAUUACAUCUCAACAAACUGGCUGCGGAGGAGGCGAGAAUAGAAGAAGCUUUGUAUUUGACUUCUUGAUCAAAUUGAUUUCUUCAGGGAUAUUGAUUGGCGGAGUGGGAUCACUUCUCAGCUCGAAUUCUUCCGCGUCCAAUUCGCAUUUAUCGUUUGCUGACUUCCCUAAAGAAACAACAUGGACAACAGUGAAAGAAGAUCAAUUCCAAUACCCAUCAUCACCAAAUCACCAAAAUAUAAAUCCAAAGAAGAAAUCCAAAUUUCUAUUUGGAGAUGAUUAUAGGAGAAGGGUGUUUUUCAACUAUGAAAAACGUAUAAGAAUCCAAAGUCCUCCUGAGAAGGUGUUUGAAUAUUUUGCGUCUAUCCACACACCUGAAGGGGAAAUAUAUAUGAGACCAUCAGAUCUGAUGAGGGCCAUUGUCCCUGUGUUUCCUCCAUCUGAGUCCAAUCGUGUUAGAGAAGGCUUUUUAAGAGGAGAAAGAAGAAUGUCUGGAGAACUAUGUUGUGCUCCUUCUACCUUUUUCAUGCUCUUCGACACCAACAAUGAUGGCCUCAUCUCUUUUGCAGAGUACAUAUUUUUUGUUACACUUCUCAGCAUACCAGAAUCCAGCUUUUCAGUGGCAUUCAAAAUGUUUGACAUUGAUAACAAUGGUGAAAUAGACAGGGAGGAGUUCAAGAAAGUGAUGGGUUUGAUGAGAAAACAGAACAGACAGGGAGCUCAUCACAGAGAGGGAAGAAGGUUUGGGAUGAAGGUUAGUGUUGAAAAUGGUGGUUUAGUAGAAUACUUCUUUGGUCAAGAUGGAAAAGCCUCCCUUCACCAUGACAAAUUUGUCCAAUUCCUAAGACAACUUCAUGAUGAGAUACUUCUACUAGAGUUUUCACAUUAUGACUUCAAAUCACAAGGAAGCAUAUCAGCCAAAGACUUUGCACUGUCAAUAGUUGCUUCAGCAGACAUAAAUCACAUAGACAAACUACUGGACAGAGUUGAAGCAUUAAACAAAGAACCCCAUUUCAAAAACAUCAGAAUCACAUUUGAUGAAUUCAAAGACUUCGCAGAGCUACGCAAGAAAUUAGAAUCCUUCUCUUUGGCUAUUUUCAGCUAUGGUAAAGUAAAUGGAGAAUUAACAAAACAAGAUUUCCAAAGAGCAGCUUCCCAUGUGUGUGGAGUUUCAAUCACUAAGAAUGUUGUGGACAUAAUAUUUCACAUAUUUGAUGCAAAUGAAGAUGGGGAUUUAAGCUCAGAUGAGUUCGUAAGAGUCAUACAAAGAAGAGAAGUGAAUUCUACACAACCAGCUGUUGGUGCUGGAGGAUUACUGUCUUGUUGGUUUGGCUGUGCAGCUAAAUGUUCUUACGCAAAGCUCUUUGUUCGCAGCUGAAGAAUUUUUUGCCCUAAUGAUGUUCCUGUAAACAUGUAAAUUUUCCGACAUGCUGAAGUACUUUCUAGUGGACUGUGUUCUUUAGGGAUAUAUCCAUUAACAAGAUUGAUCUUCGAUUUUAAGUUCAAUAAAAAUAAAGAAAUUACAAAA